AUGUCGAAUAAACAAUAUCCUCAAAUGCAACAAAAUGUUUAUCAAGGGCAAAACAUUUAUCAAGGACAAAUGCAGCAGCAAACAACCUAUUAUCAACCUCAAUAUGUUAAUCAAGGGCAAAUGCAACACACAGCAGCUCAUCAAGCAGCUUAUCAAAAUACUUAUAAACCACCACCUCCAAUGGUCCCAUAUCAGUCCACUCCUCAAAUGCCAAAAAAAAAUGGACGAACGCAUUAUGUUGAAUACUCACGUGCUUUUGCCCUUGUGUCACUUAAAGCCAAAAUGUACAACGACAAUAGUUCGCUUGGUUACUGUUGUCUUUAUUUAGUUGCUAUGCAUCUUGGCAUGAAUUGUUUUGUUGGUUGUAUGAAUCGUGGAGCAAUUCGUGCAAGACAUAAUAUAGAUGGAAGCAGCCGUGGAGAUUGCUGUAUUCAUUCGUUCCGCUUAUAUAAUUGCGGAUUGGUUCAAGAAGCGCGCGAAGUUGGAGUUGAU